AGGCAUGACGUCAUGCAUUUGUAUUGGUGACAUAACAACGUUAACAAUGGAGAUACAAAAAAAUAAUUUUAUUACGAAUGUGCCUGGAUGGGAUGAACCAAAGUAUUCGCCAAAUGUUUUAGUUGGAAACUGGGUGGAAGAUAGAAGCAAAUAUUCCGGCAAAAAGUAUAAGCACGAGAGUACCUACAAACAAGAUUACACCUACUCCGAAUACCGCAAACCCGACACAAUCUUGAGGCGCUCUGUAGCGUUGAGGAACAAUGGGCUAGGUCUACGGUUCCUUCUACAUCACCAUGAUGGAAACAAGCUUACCAGCAACUUGGUGACCAAUUACGAUGAGGUUUACAACGGCAGGUGGAAGGAGAAUACGCAGGUGCCGAAACUGAGAAAAUGGGAUAGUCACAAACUGAAGUUCCUGCCAGAGAGGUCGGAUUUCCCGUUACUUCAUGGGCCAACAAACUUUGGAUUGUUGCCUCAAAUGAAGAUAAGAUGGGAAAAGCAAAUUGCAGCAGAAAAAGCUGGAGAUUAUACAUCGACAUAUGCAUUUUUUUACAAGCCAUACAAAAUCAUACCCAAAAUGCGGUGUGCCAACCCAAAGGACGGAUCAUCAACACUUCACCACUACAACAACACAUACUAUAAUCUGAGAAACGCCACAACGAUGAAGUUGCCAGAAUCCAGCAUGACAGAUAUCACGGAUUGAUUGUGGCUCGAAAAUAUGUUAAUAAGUAGAACAUGGAAGAACAAAACGAGUGAAAACUUUAUACUGUCUGAACUUGAACUUGAACUGUGUACAUGCCCCUGGUAUACCACUAGGGUUUCAGGGUGUCUAUAUGCCCCUUGUAUACCACUAGGGUUGAUUGAUUGAAACAUAUUUUAUUGCUUUUUAAAGAACAAAUGGAUUAGGCACUAGGGUUUCAGGCAUGUCCGGUCUCUGGCAAGGCCAAGGUUCUGAUCCGGGACAAUAUUAUUUUGAAAUAUAAAAUAUAAUAAAACAUAUCUAUGUAUAUUACGUGAAAUGCUUUAAUUAUCCAAAUAUGGUUUCAAAAAUUCCACACCACUUGUUGGUAAUGUAAGUAAUAACAGAUAUUUAGCCAAUAAUUGUGUCUAUUAGUAGUACAACGUCUCGUUAAAUUUAUCUUUGUUAGUUGAAAACAAAUAAUUGUGACCAUGAAUAUAGAAUUAUAUACUUGUUGUUAAUGUAAGUAACAGGGGAUAUUUAGCCAGUGAUGUAAGCCUAUAUUAGUGGUACAAAGUCUCGUACAAUUUACGUCAUUUGAAAACAAAUAAUUGUAGACUAUGAAUGUUCACCUUCUACAAAUUAACAUAUUGAUAAUGAUUAAUACAUAAUAAGGAAAGCGAUAAAAUUUACGUUAUUCCA